ACACAUUUUCCAGAUUAGAUGACUAAACGUAGAUUGAGAAGUGACAGCAUCGAACAAAAUAGAUCUAUAUAUAUUUAGAAGUAUUUAAAGCAGAAAUACCCUACGACUCACACAGAAUAAUACUCAGGAUGCAGGACCCAAAUGCAGAUACAGAAUGGAAUGACAUAUUGCGAGCAAAAGGGAUUAUUCCAGAGAAGGAAAAAGAGGUAACAGAAGAUGAUGUUGUCCAUCUACUGGAACAGACUAUCCAGGAUAAAUCUAGAGGUAAAGAUUUAGGUGAUAUGUCACUAAAAGAACUAGAAGAGAAGGAAGAUGACAUAGAUGAGGAAGAAGAAAGAAUAUUUGAAGCUUACAGGAGACAAAGAAUGGCAGAAAUGAAAGCAGCAGCAGCUAAAUCCAAGUUUGGGAGUGUGCUGGAGAUCACAAAGGAAGACUGGGUCAGGGAAAUCAACAAGGCUGGAGAUGGAAUCUGGGUAGUCCUUCAUGUCUACAAACCAGGAAUUCCAUUGUGUACACUAUUAAAUCAACAUAUGGCCGAAUUAGCAAGAAAAUUCCCAGAUGUUAAAUUUGUGAAAAGUGUAUCGAGUGUAUGCAUUCCUAAUUAUCCAGACAAAAACUUACCUACUGUUUUUGUGUACCAUGAAAGUGAUAUGAAGAAACAAUGGGUGGGACCACAUAAUUUUGGAGGAAUGAACUUUAAGAGAGAUGAAUUUGAAUGGAUGUUAUCACAAAAUGGAGUAUUAAAAACAGAGCUUGAAGGGCCCCCCAGACAGGGGGUGGAUGAUGUGAUGAGUCGUGCCAUGAGGGAGAGUGCAAUAGACAGUGACGAUGAAAACGAUUGGUAGAACAUAUAUGCAGCAUAGAUUUUUUAAAUAAAUUUUAUAUUAAUCACAA